UCUCAGGUCCUUAACCUCAUCCAUGAGACAGCAGACUCGAAAAUGAUAUAGUGACUCUGUCAAGAGUGAAGCCCACAAUCCCGAAAUCCCAAGGAGAAUUCACGUGUGAUUGUGCAGCUUUGUUGUUGAUUUAUUUAUUUAAAUCGGUUUUUAACCAAGCAAAAGGAGGAGGCAUGAGUGAUGAUGUCAUCAGGACAAAUCCAGGAACUUCCCCUACAAACAAGGAUUACUGGGACAGCACCACUUUUCAGGAGUACUUUCAACAUGCUCUAAUUUGGACAUCGCUGUGCUAGAGAGGGUGUCACUAUGAAGGGCCCCAGCUCCAGAUGGGCCUUCUCCCUGGGUUUCUUGGUGGGGGCCUGCAGCAUCUACUUCUUCCUGCGCCAGGUGUGGUUUGAGAGGAGCUACCCCGUGCUGUCAGAGGCUCAGGAAAAAGCCACAACAGUGGGGGAGAGACCAACUAGCUGGAGGAAAGAGGGUGCCGCUCUCAUCAACCUGCUCCACCCUUACCAUGCAGAUGAAGACAACCGCGUGGCAGACGCAUUGUACCAGAAAGUGCGUGUUCUCUGUUGGGUGAUGACAGGGCCAUAUAACCUGCAGAGCAGGGCCCGGCAUGUCAGGGCCACCUGGAGUCGCCACUGCAACGUGGUGGUGUUCAUGAGCUCUGUGGAGGACCCAGACUUCCCCACUGUGGGACUGGGCACUAAGGAGGGCCGUGACCAGCUGUACUGGAAGACCAUCCGAGCCUUCCAUUAUGUAUAUGAACACCACGCAAAUGAAGCAGACUGGUUCUUAAAAGCAGAUGAUGACACCUAUGUGGUGGUGGACAACCUGCGUUGGAUUCUGUCCAACCACACCCCUGAGGAGCCCAUCUAUUUUGGUAAACGCUUCAAGCCAUACACCAAGCAAGGCUACAUGAGUGGAGGGGCAGGCUAUGUACUUAGUAAAGAGGCCCUCAAGAGAUUUGUGGAAGGUUUUCGGACCAAAGUUUGCACACACACCACCCCUGUAGAAGAUCUAGCGCUGGGGCAGUGUUUGGAGAAGAUGGGCGUUCUGGCUGGGGACUCCAGAGACACAUUGCAUCGAGAAACUUUCCAUCCGUUUGUGCCAGAGCACCAUCUAACUGGCAAGUUCUCCAAGAGCUUCUGGUACUGGAGCUAUUGUUACUACCCAAUUGUUGAGGGUCCACAAUGCUGCUCUGACCUGGCAGUAUCAUUCCAUUAUGUUGAAGCAGAACUAAUGUACAUCCUGGAAUUUUUCACCUACCACCUGAGAGCGCAUGGCUACAGGCCACGCUACCGGCCGACCCUGCGCCCGGGUCUAAACCUUGGCACUCUCUUGCAGACCACCGUGCCAGUGGGAUUUAAAGGAGCUCAAGAGGUGACAGAGGGAAAGAGUCACACAACUGCAGCCUCCUCUGUUAGUGGCAACCAAACCAAAGCAGAGACAGAGUCAGACAAAGGGGAGAGAGACAAUAUAAACUCACAUGUCACCGAGAACAGGACUGCAGUCACACAUGAUAGCCAGCACUGACUCUGUGUUUCAGAUGGGGCUAAGUGUGUUGUAACUGUGAUUUGUCUGAGUGAAUCUACAUUAGAAAUACUUGGCUUCUUUCACUCAGUGACUGUGUGAUAGGAACUAUGAUAGCUAGCACAGCUGUGCUAGAGACAUAUUACCUUGCCAAUUGUAUUGGCUAACUAAUGUCUCCUUUUACAGAGGCUCUUUGAUUCGAUCACAGUACACCACAGCCAGUUUGAACUGUAAGCACUCAGCACAGUGUGAUGCAGUGGCACCCAUGAAUGGCUUAGCUAUUUUCAAUCAAGAUAAACACUUGGUUUAGCCUGGUUUAAUUUGACAUCAUCAGUGUUUUGAAUUUAUGAUAUAUGAAUUUAUGAUGAUGUUAUAGUCACAGAUGUACGCUUGGAGUGAUGCAGGAAGAGGCACGUAGAAUAUUAUUUUAAUGUGUUUUACAAGUAUUUGAUCUGAGCUAAUCAUACAAUGACAGAUGUAUGAAAUCAUUUUAUUAUUUAACAUUCAUUUUCAUUUCAUUAAUUAUUUUCACAUUUUUCUUCAAAUGGAGAACAGCAGCAACAUAUUUAACCUCCUUUUUUAUUGCCACUUCUUAUGGCCACUUUGCUUUUCUGAAUUUAAAUCUGACUUUCUGAUGUUGCUAUUCUGAUGUUUAAUUUUAAUUAUUUAAUUUAUUUUGUCUUGAAACAACAUGAAAUUUGAUUCUUAAUUUUGUUUGCAUGUUGCUUUUUAAUUUCCUUUUUGAAUCCUCUGCAAAUCCACAGCCAGCUGUGAUGUAUUUGUUUCACUAUGAAAAAUGUCUUUUCUUUUUACUUUUGAGUGAUAUGAGAUGCUCUGAUGUCCACUUGAAACCUCCUGUGCUUCUGUUUGAGAACAGUGUAGCUCCUGAUGAACACACUAUUAUACAAAGCUCCAAUGAA